CACCCCUAUGCUCCUAGUAGUGGUAUCUUCCAAAGAUGGCAGCCUCCGUGUUGAGAUGCUGCAUGAACGCUGCUGUCAAAGUUAAACGUGUAUCUCCAUCUGUAUCAGCCAGACGAUGGUUACUUUCAGCAGCUUACUCAGACAGCACAUUGUGGGAGGCGAGAGAAAAAGACCCUCAGAAUUUGGCUUUGCUGGCCAGCAACAUGGACGGGUUAUAUGAGAGGAACCUUCCUGUUAGCUCCCUGACUGUGUCACAGUUCGUUGACAACAUAUCAUGCCGAGAGGAGGUGGAUCAAGCCGAGUACUACCUUUACAAGUUCCGUCACAGUCCAAAUUGUUGGUACCUUCGAGAGUGGACUGUUCACAGUUGGAUCAGGCAGUGUCUAAAAUACGGUGCCAGAGACAAGGCCCUGCACACGCUUCGAAACAAGGUCCAGUAUGGAAUCUUUCCAGACAACUUCACUUCCAACCUGCUCAUUGAUUCUUACCUAAAGGACGAGGACUUCAAGAGCGCGUCCUCCGUGGUGGAGGAGUUGAUGCUCCAGGAAGCCUUUGACCUUCCAUCCACUCAGAUCCUGUCUCUGUACACCCUGGCCAGUUACCUAGCAACCAGACCUCAGCUCACUGUGUCGCAGGAGCGAGCGCUGGGAGCGUCGCUGCUCAUCUGCGGCCUCAAGCAAGACAACAGCGUAGGCCUCACCGCUCGCUUUUUGGGAAACGUUCUGCUAGGUAAGGUGGAAAUGCAGAAGGGCAUCCAUGCUGUGUUCAAAGGCAUGCCCCUCUUCUGGGAGCGAGGAUAUUUGAGUCGAGCACUGGCUGUUUUGGAGGGUGUGGCCGCCUCGCCCGCUGACGUCAAACUGUCCAAAGAUUCGUUCGCUUUUCUAGAGGACGUGCUGCAAGGGCUGUCCUCCACCUCAACCGACUCGCCCAACUCAUCUGAUUCGUCUGGUGAGGAGUCGGCAGGGGAGGAAGAACGGAAGGAAGAAGUUGAUGAAGACGACCAGGCGGAGAGAGAAAAGCUUUCUGAGUAUGACAGCAAAUUCAAGGUGAUGGUCAACGAGCUGGAGGCUCGGGGUAAAGUGGACUCGUCCAACUUCCAGAAUUUGGCGACCGAUCUGACCCAACGGCUGCUGCCCUCGUUGGAGAGGCCAGACCUGGAUCAGUACGAGACUCUUUUGGGGGGCUGGGAGGUCGAGAGGAAGCAGCUGAUCCAAAGGGAGCAGGAGACCAGGAGGAUGGCCCAAGAGGAGAAGCAGGCGCGACUCGCCGCCAAAGCGGCGCUCGAGCAGCAGGCUUAAAGGUUUUACACUGACGCUGUCACUUAGCCCAAAAGAUUUAAAAAAAAAAAAAAAAGUACAAUAUUAACACAGACUGAGUUCUUUUGGACUAAGUUCAAAAUUAAAAGCAAAUCAAAUGACCGGCUUCAGUUGUGCAACUCUUGUCGCCAUGUGAACUGGUGAGCAAAAAAAAAAAAAAAAAAA